UCGAUUUCCAGAGCAGACGCCAAUAAUGUCUCCAUUCGUCCCUGCUGCGAGCCGGUACAAUCUACUUCCUAUGAUCUUCGAUUCUGUGCGCCUCAUUCCCUUCCCUGUGCUCACACAUUCUGUUUAAUGUGUCUAAGCAAGGAAAAGCAGAGGAAGAAGCGAAGGUGCCCCUCUUGUCGGAAGAAGUAUUCUUCAUUUAUCUUGAAUACCGCUCUUGCCGAAGUAGUGAAGAGAGUACGUCAACGUCGAGAGUGUCUGGAACACCGCUCAUUGCGAUGUGAUGAAUGCGAUUCGCGAAGGCCAGCAACGGCAAUGCGACGAUGUUUAAGUUGCAGCCGCGCUAUGAACAAGCACAUGUCGGCGGGAUUGACCUUGGAUUGUAUUAUAUGCCUUGAAUGUUGCGUCAACCGUCAUAAUGGUCAUGACCUGACUACGCUGCCAUCGCAACCGUUUCCAUCACUUUGUAGGCGGAAGCUCAUAUUCCUGCCCUACACUUCCUUAGUAAUACGGAAAUUCAAAAAGCUAAUUACAAAUGCAAACUUUAGGCCUAAACCGGAUCACAGAAAACCACGAGUUCCAGCUGCAUCUUCCAUGAUUGAUGACGAGUUGGUGUACGAAGCCAGGAGUCCUCUAUACUGUCAGUUAUAUUGCGUCCUAUUCACUUUUAAUAUGAAUAUACAUAAUGCUUCCAUUCUGUAUAACUUACGCAAGCCUUUUCAGAUCAAAUACAGCAAUCUGAAGUUGAAGACAUCUCUAUUAGCACUGGUAUUGCCAAGCAGCUGUCAGGUGUCACUGGUGUUUGCAAUACAACAUCAAAACAAGAAGAACCUGUUUAUCCGCAAAAAUCGGCGAAUUCGCCUGAUAGUGGUAUAUUGGCGACGAGUGACGGAAGCACUACAGACCGUAGAGGUUAGUGAAUCCUUGUGUUGUCUUAUUUCUCUUCUUAGGCAAUUUUUAUUUUGCUUUUUGCUUUUUGCUUUUUGUCUUUUUACAUGUGCUUUUAUAUGUUCUCAUGCCUGGGGUUUUUUAUAUGUAAAGAUAACAGCUAUAAUUUACAGAUUCAGAUGUGUCUCCCUAUCAAAGCAUAUCUCCAUACGCUGCCGCUUUUCCUGGGUAUUCGCUCUGCUCAACGUUAAAGUUGGAGAAGACUGA